UGUACUUAUAUAAGCUUAGAUAAAUAUGUAUUUAAAUUCAAAUUUCAAAACUGCUAUUAUGGGUACCGCCUAACGACAAUGAUUAUUUUAUAAGUUUCAUAUCUAUAUUCUUAUUAUAAUAUGAUCGUUACACAAUAGUGUCUAAGUCAUUUCCAUAAUAUUUAAACAGCUCGGUUCCCUAAAAGUUUGUGCAUUACCUACAAGUUUUAAUAUUGCUAGAAGAUUUUUAUUAUGAAUAUUCCAUUAUUUACCUUCUAUUAAAUUCAAUAACAAGCUUCCUUCGUUUUAUAUUAAAAUAUUCACCAUGAAUUCAAGAAAAGAUAUAGUGAGAUGCAGCUGGGUAAGCAAUGAUCCAUUAUAUGUUCAAUAUCAUGAUGAAGAAUGGGGAAUACCUGAAUAUAAUAGUCAAAAACUGUUCCAAAUGCUCUGCUUGGAAGGGCAACAAGCUGGUUUAUCAUGGAUAACAAUUUUGAAGAAAAGGCAGAACUACAAUGAACUUUUCCACAACUUUGAUCCCUAUAAAAUUAUUCUCCUCAAAGAAACGGAUGUCCAAGACUUGUUAACCAAUACAGGUAUUGUGAGACAUAAAGGAAAAAUAGAAGCAAUUAUUAAUAAUGCUCGAUGUUAUAUAGAAAUGAAAAAUAGGGGUGUCGAUUUUUCAGAUUUCAUUUGGAAUUUUGUAGGUAAUAAACCAAUAAUAAAUAAUUGGAAGUCUAUCCAGGAGGUACCAUCGGAGACAGAAAUAUCAAAAAACUUAUCAAGCUCAUUAAGAAAACAAGGAUUUAAGUAUGUCGGGUCUACAAUCUGUUAUGCAUAUAUGCAGGCUUGUGGUUUAGUAAAUGAUCAUAUAGUCGAUUGUAUAUACAGGAAUAAAACCUAACAAACAA